GCUGCGGUACGGACGCGAAAAGAAUUUUCACCGCUUCUAAUUGGUUCAUAUAGUCGGGAAAACAAAUUGAAUCUAUGUUUAGUUCCGAGAACGCUAAGAAACUCCGAUUUUUUGUAUGAUUUUAUUAUUUGCGUUCGACGAGUUCUAAAUAGUAUACAUUUUUCGUAGAACACUUGUAUUAGCUAGUAAUAACCAAAGUGUCGAAUCCAGGCUAGGUCGGCGGCAUACAGCAUUACCAAGGAUAAGGAAACAAAUAGUGAAAAAUGAGUGCGGUGAAGAAAAUGACACGUUGCGGCAGCAUAAGUAUGUUAUUUGCUGCGCUAAUAGUGCUCUUCGGCGUCAGCUCGUCGGCUCUGACCACUUUUGGGAAGACAAAUACGAAUCAACAGGCUCCGCCGCCAACACGACCGCCAGUUAAAGCCAAAGAAUGCGCUAGUCACGCGGAUUGCACCGCGAUACAGAACACAAGCUGUGUUAUGGCCGCGGAUGAUCGCAUGCGGUGCCUGUGUGGAGACUUCGAGGCGCCCGACAACGGCUACUGCCAAACCAAAUUCAAAGGUCUUCGCCAUCUCUGCACGGAUACGUUGCAGUGUGAUAUCGGCAUGAUUUGUGCGGUGGAAAACAUUACCAAAACCACAACCCUGGUGACCAGUAAGACGUUCAUGACGAGCAGCAUGUUGAACAACAAUAACAGCAACUAUAAGCUUUGUCUAUGCGAUAAAGAACUCGGCUACAUGGAAGAUAAACAUGACAUUCGCCAUUGCAAUGGUGCUAUAUCACUGCUGGUAUCAGGACCGCUGGCUCCAGCCCUAUUCCUAACGCUUAUCUUAUCGGUGUUGAGGAGAUCUCUAAACCAUUGUCCUGAAUGGAUGUAACUUGCCAUAUAAUCUAGCAACUUUAAACAUAUCAUAUCAAGUUUCAGCAACUAAUCAUUAAAGAAUUUUAAAAUUAAGCACUUCAUACGAUGUGAUUUACUGUACUGUGCUAAAGAAACUAAAAAGCUGUGCAUCUAUUUUGCCUUAAAAGAACCAAACACUUUCACGAAAACCAAGUGAUCUUUCGAAGUGCACGAUAUAAAGUAAUAUCUAUCUAUAGAAUAAGUCGAGCUAAUAAGCAUCUACAAUUGGCUUCAGUAUCGUACUCAGCACAGUUCAAAUUAGUCCUACUGAUGAUUUUUUGUUUUUCCUCAAACUACAAAAAAACGGAAAAUUUAACCAAUAUGUUAAAUGUAAAAACUAGCGCCCAAAAUUAAGCCUGACAAAAUACUUAUCCUCACAGCGUCGAACGCUUUUCAAUUCGUUGAAUGAA